UCCACCUUUAGCCUGCACAACACUGCAGGUUGUCACUAUAAGCUUCUUAAAUAUUUUUUGGGGAUUUCUACUCUUAUUUUUACACUUUUUUUUUCAUGGCACAGAUGGAUUUUCCUAUAGACCACUGUGGUCCACCUCUGACCUGCAAGUCUUUAAAAUCCUGAUAUCUGUUAUAACAUUUAAGCCUUAUUUUAUAGGAUUACUUAUUUUUUUUGUUAAAGGUAAGCGUGCGGUCCUGGUUCUCCAGAACGAGCCAGGCUAUGGUGGCCAGCGUCGCUCCUUCACCACAGAAGAUGAAGCCUGGAAAUCAUUUCUGGAGAACCCACUGACAGCCGCCACCAAGGCCAUGAUGAGCAUAAACGGAGACGAGGACAGUGCUGCGGCUCUCGGCCUGCUCUACGACUACUAUAAGGUGCCCAGGGAAAAGAGAACAAUACCCCAGAGCAAGCCAGAAGCACUGGUCUGUGAUGUGGAUCCCAACAAAAGGAACCAGAUCCAGGCCGGACACCCCAUAGCUCCACAUCAGGAAGCCGGUAUGGAGAACAGGAUCCAGGUCCUCAAGGGGCCCUUCAAUAUUCUUCAGCUGGCUCAGGACAAGAGGAGCCAUUUCCCCUCACCAGACACGACUGUCACAGUUUCCAUUGCCACCGUGCCAAACUACCCGCCCAUCAAGACAGAGGUACCCAGCCACGGCUUCUCGGUCACCAUACCAAACAACUGCACCGAAACCGACAACCAUGUGGGCGUCUAUGACCGCCAGCUCACCCACAAUGGGGUCCAGUACAGCCCCAACACCCAGUCCCGCACGCCCCCCGACUCCACCUUCACUGAGAGUUUCAAGGAUGGUUCCCAGGAGGUGUUUUCCUUCCCGGGGGAUCUCCAGUUACGUAUGGCCUCCAUGACGCCUGACGAAUACCCUCAGUUUGACACUGUGCCGGGGAAUAAUUUCGAGUACACCCUUGAGGCCUCAAAGUCUCUGCGUCAGAAGACAGGAGACGGGACCAUGACGUACUUGAACAAGGGCCAGUUUUACCCAAUCACCCUCAGGGAGGUUGACAACAAAGGCAUGCAGCAACCCAUCACCAAAGUCAGGAGUGUAGUGAUGGUGGUCUUCGGAGAGGAGAAGUGCAGAGAAGAUCAGCUGAAACACUGGAAGUACUGGCACUCCAGACAGCACACUGCCAAACAGAGGUGUCUGGACAUCGCUGACUACAAGGAGAGCUUCAACACCAUUGGCAACAUCGAGGAGAUUUCCUAUAACUCCAUUUCCUUCACUUGGGACACCAACGAGGAGGCCAAAAUCUUCGUCUCCGUCAACUGCCUGAGCACAGACUUCUCCUCUCAGAAGGGCGUGAAGGGUCUUCCUCUGAACCUGCAGAUCGACACCUACAGCUACAACAACCGCAGCAACAAGCCCAUCCACCGUGCCUUCUGCCAGAUCAAAGUCUUCUGUGACAAGGGAGCUGAGAGGAAGAUCCGAGACGAGGAGAGGAAGCAGUCACGCCGGAAAGGAAAGGUUGCUGAGCUCAACCCUGGCCUGGCCUUUGUGGACGUCAAAGUACCCAUCCUCCAGAAACGCAAUGAUGUGACCAUCUUCAAGAUGAUGACAGACUUCGAGACGCAGCCUGUCCUUUUCAUUCCGGACAUUCACUUCUCCUCCUUCCAGCGUCAUCCUUUCUCGACAGAUGAUGGAGAGGAAAGCUCGUCUAUGAAGAGAUUACCCUUCAAUGAUGAGGAGUUCGGUUCACCUCCAAACAAGAUGGCGAGAGCGGAGGAACCAAAGAAAGUCCUGCUGUACGUGCGCAAGGAGACAGAGGAGGUGUUUGAUGCACUCAUGCUGAAGAAUCCCACGCUGAAAGGCCUGGUGGAAGCUAUUUCAGAGAAGUACGAAUUACCUUUGGAUAAGGUUGGAAAGGUCUAUAAGAAAUGCAAGAAAGGGAUUCUAGUCCACAUGGACGACAACAUCAUCAAACACUACUCCAACGAAGACACCUUCCAGAUCACCAUGGAGGAGUUGGGCGGCAUGUACAAACUCACCCUCACUGAAAUCUGAUUGGACCGGAGGAAGUGUCAUCACCCAGAGCGGAGGCAUGGAAGAUGAAUGAAACGGAGCCGUCAGGAGUAGUGGUUUACACGCCUAGCUAUGCAGUGAUUAUGGACUUGAUCUGAGGCCUAAAUCAUGUUGUCUUUCUGUGUAUUAAUGUCAAACUGAUUUUUUUUUUUAAAGUCCCACAAGAGGUAUUUAAAAAAGAAAAAAGAAAAAAAAGCCAUAGCUCUUAAUAGAUGUUAAUUAGAUGUGUAAGUUAUACAUUCAGAUUCAUUUUCUGUGCAUAAGAAUCAACACGUGUGGCUAGGUUUGAUUGUUAUGACACACUUUUAUUUUGUAUUCAGUAAGUUGCACCUCAAAUAUUAGUGCCUGCUUUUGUAUAUUGUUGUGCAGAGUGUUUGUGGUGCUGCUAUACCUCAUGCUAUGCAAGCAGCAGUGUUUCUCUUAUGUUUGAUUUUAUGAGGAGAAACAGCUCCCUUCCUAAAGCCAUAGCACUGAUGAUUACAAUCUGUAAUAUGAGAAAAAAAAAAAACAGCCCCUGUGGUUCAGUGUAUUAAUACCAAACAACAUGGCAGUAUUUAGUGUGUACAACCUUCUUCAGCCAUCGUACAAUUCGGGUGGAACACUGUAAAUGUUUGUUGUGUUUUCUUUUUUCUUUUCCUUUUUUUAGCAUACGAUUGUUUGUGAGUGAAGUGGCAUAACAUAUGUUUUUUUUUCCUCAGAUCAAUUUAAAUAACAGCCUCUUUGUAAGUAUUAAAUAGUUACUAAAUAUAUUGAUAAUAACCGUAAAACACAGCUACCCUUCCCCCCUGUGAAGUAGGUGUCUGAAUGUUGAUGAAAUAGGUCAAUGAAUGUCUUGCACAGUCCACGCAGACUGUUCUGGAAGUGCAAUAUGAUAUUUAGGUUCAGACACAUUCGGAAAAAGACUCCUCUGUUGCCAUAACUACAGUAUAUAAUACAUACUAACUGAUAAAACUUUUUGAAAAUGGAAAUAUUGUUGUACAUAUCCACUGAAAAAAAGGAUCUAUAUGAUCCGUCUUUUUGUAUCUCAGUACUUAUUGUGUAUAUAUUUAUUAAGAGAACGGAUGUGGGUCAUUGUUUUUUUCCCAAAAUUUCUAUAAUUCCUAAUAAUAUAAUGUUUGUUUUUUUCCUUUUUAUAUGAAGCUAUUCUAACAUUACAUGUCAAGGGACAAAAAGUUAUUAAUAUGUUUUUAAUUCAUGUUUCUUUUUUUUUUGUAAAGGAUUUGAUGCACAAAGUGCCCAAUAAAAGCUCUCCAGUA